AUGAAGGCAGCCUUCUGUCCCAAGGGCUGCAGACGUAUUCCUCUCCCCGAUUAUCAGUUUACACUGCGGUGCGCUUAUAUAACCAAUUAUGAGGUUUUCGAAAAUGCUGAAUUAAUGGCGCCGUCGGGGAGAGCAGACGGCACAAGAGAUGGCAAAGAUAUGCUCUGGGACACCACGACAGGUGGCUGUACUUUUGAAUUUACUGGAAGGUGA